GUUAUCUAUUAGUAGAUGAAAGAGAUACAACACACUAACAGGAUAACUUAACAUUUAAUCAUGAACUUAAAUGAUACUCUUGGUUACUGGAAAAUGGAACUGAAGCUGGAAUCAUUAAACCUAGAAACUGGCAACAUUUAUCCAGCUUUUAUUUUUGGAACCCUUGCAUAUUUAAUUACUAUUUUCUUUAAUAUGUUAGUAUUAACAACGAUUGUCUUCACAAAGAGUUUACAUAAGCCCAUGUUCCUCCUGCUGUUAAACCUACCAAUAAUGGACAUGAUUGGAGCCACUGCUUUUCUACCACAGCUUGUAACCAGCAUUGUUUCCAAAAACCGCGCUAUUUCCUACCCUGGGUGUUUUCUCCAGGCUCUGUCUAUUCACAUCUAUGGUACAGGGAACUUAAUGUUUCUAAGUGCGAUGGCUUAUGACAGGUAUAUCGCUAUAUGCUUGCCUCUUCGGUACAAUGCUAUCAUGACCUCAAAUAUUUUAAUAAGAAUCAUCAGUAGCAUUUGGUUGGUUACUAUCUCUUUGAUUGGCAUCCUUUUAGCUCUUUUUGCACGGUUCAAAAUUUGUAGGAAUAGAGUAGUAGAUGUAUACUGCAAUAAUCCUUCUUUGGUAAAACUGGUCUGUGAAGACAGCAGCGUAAAUAACUACUAUGGUUUAUUCACUAUCAUAUUAAUUCAAGGUGGAUCACUAUUAAUAAUUGUAUACACAUACAUCCAGAUAUUGUUGACUUGUGCUAUCACUAAGCAGUCAGAUGCUAGGGGAAAGGCUCUCCAAACAUGUGGAACACAUCUGAUUGUUUUUAUAUUUUUAGAGGUUAAUACUGCAAUCAGUUUAAUCUCUCACAGAUUUGAGAGUGUGUCCCCAUACUUGAGGAGAGCCCUAGGUGUAUCCAUUGUUGUAUUUCCCCCAUUACUCAAUCCAAUUGUAUAUGGAUUUAAAACCAAGGAACUCAGGCGGAAUAUAAUCCGUCUAUUUAGAAGAUCAUGAAGAUCAUUCCCAAUAAUUGAACAAAUACCUUUUCAUUGUUAAUUUGUCAUUACUUUUGUACAUCAAAUAUACUUAUGUAUACGUUCUGUACAUGUUGUAGCCGUUAAAAUAAAACGGAUAUUGCAAGAAUGCAAUAUAUUGCAUGCAUCAUUUUAACCAUUCUUUAAUAUAUAUCUAGUAUUCGAUGUACACAUUAUGUAAUUUGAAUGCUAGCUACACAAUUGUUAUAUUUUUUUAAGAUGAAUGUAAAUAAUGUAUCAAAUUACAGUAUGGGAAAGUGGGUAAAUGCAUGUUUUUAAUAUAAAUGUCGAUAUUAAAUGAAACAUUUUAUUAAAAAUCUCUGUUUAGUUGUUUAUUUUGAUCAAAUUUAAGAAUUGUAUAUGGAUUUAAAACCCAAGAACUCAGGCGGAAUAUAAUCCGUCUCUUUAGAAGAUCAUGUUUUUCCCAAUAAUUGAACAAAUACAUUUUCAUUGUUAACUUGUCAUUAAUUUUGUACAUAAAAUAUACUUAUGUAUAUGUUCCGUACAUGUUGUAGCCGUUUAAAUAAAAUUGAUAUUGCAAGAAUGUACUAUAUUGCAUGCAUCAUUUUAACCACUUUAAUUUAU